CUGCCUUAGAUGUACUGUAACGGUUUCAAAGUCCGUCGGCCCUAAAUAAGGUUACGACUCGCGUACAUUUGCCCCGCGGAAACCUAUUUCAAGGCAUAAUCGCACAUUCGAACCGGGCCUUACAGCAUCCAAAAUACAAGCGAGACACGUAACCGUGAGGUGGACUAUCCGUAAGCUAGGCGACGUCCCCGCGCAAAGCCAACUUGCAUCGAAGCGCGUGAGGGGAGCCGGGCAGGAUUUUCGACAAUGGGCUGCGGGGUAUCGCGGAUUGGCGUCCAAAAAGCGGCGCAGACCGACAGUUCGCACGAAAAUCCAGUGUUUGGGACCCAACCUAUACCAGAACCCCUGUGCAGGGCCGCAGAGGCCGGUGACCUGGGUCGUGUGGAGGCUCUGCUAGCAGAGGGAGCUAAUCCCAAUGUGGCAGAGUCGGAUAACUACACGCCGCUCCUGGCUGCCGCGAAAGCCGGUCAUGUCGACAUUGUGCGUGUGCUGCUGAAGGCCGGAGCUGACAAGGAGGUCAAGAGACAGGCGGGUGCUGCCCCGCUCAUUCUGGCUGCUUUGGGCGGCCACACGGAGGUGGUCCGUGUACUGCUGGAGGCGGGCGCCAACAAGGAAACCGCUUACCAGGACGGUGCCACGGCGCUGUAUGUCGCCGCUGAGAAGGGCCACACUGAGGUGGUGCGGGUGCUGCUGGAGGCGGGGGCGAAUGCCGAGGUGACCCUGAGGAGGAAGCCCCCGGCAGCAGCAGCAGCGGCAGCAGCGAAGGUGGAUGACAAGGCUGCAGCAACGGGAGCGAAGAAUGGCAACACGGAGGCCCCAGCAGUAACCAAAGGCACCAGUACCGAGCUUGGCUACACGCCGCUCCUCAUUGCUUCCCUGCACGGUUCCUCGGAGGUCGUGCGUGUGCUGCUGGAGGCUGGCGUGAACAGGCAUAAGCCGCUGGCGGACGGGGCGACGGCGCUGUACCUGGCCGCGGAGAAGCGGCACUCGGAGGUGGUGCAGCUGCUGUGCGAGGCGGGGGUGGACAAAGAGGCGACGCUGCAGAGCGGCGCCACGGCACUCUACAUCGCCUCCCAGAACGGGGAUGUAGCCACGGUGAAGGCGUUGCUGAAGGCGGGUGCGGAUCCCAACGCCUGCCGCAAGGACCGCUCCUGUCCGCUGUACGUGGCCUCCGAGAGGGGCCAUCUGGAUGUGGUCCGAGCCCUGCUGCAGGCGGGGGCAAACAAGGACCAUACCUUCCAGUCCGGCGCGACACCCAUCUUCAUCGCCACGCAAAACGGGCAUGCGGGCGUCGUGAAGGCCCUCAUCGAGGCCGGAGCCUACAAGGACAACAUGCCGAGCCAGUCCACGCCCUUGCGCACUGCCUACAAGACCAAGAACAUGGAGAUAUUCCAUAUGCUGCUGGAGGCGGGAGCGAACAAGGAGCUUACCUACGAGGACGGCGCCACGCUGCUGGCUAUUGCGGUGCAGGACGGCAAUCUGGAGGUGGUGCGGGCGCUGCUGCGAGCGGGAGCCAACAGGGAUGUGACCGUGACAAAGGGCCUGUUCACUGCUCUGCAUUACUACGUCGACAAGAACAACCUGGAAAUGGUUCGAGCUCUCCUGGCGGCGGGGGCCAACGUCGAGCUCCCUGACGAGAAUCUUGACAGGCCGUUGCAUAUCGCAGCCCGGAAGGGUUCCUCGGAGGCCGUGCGCGCCCUUUUGGACGCUGGUGCCAGGCCGGAUGUGAAGAACAAGGGUGGCGCAACACCCAUGUCCCUAGCGGGUGACAGAAGCUUUGCGGGGAUGCUGCGGGCGAUGCAACCCGCUGGCGUCGGCGGCGAUGCGGCCUCUAGAGAGGUCGCCACGCAGUUGCACAGGUUUGCGGCGCACAACGUGGCUGAGGCGCUGCCCUCCCUGCUUGCUUCCGGCGUGGACAUUGACAGCACCGCAGCGGACGGCGCCACAGCCUUGCAUGUGGCUGCUGAGAAGGGCAACUCCAAGAUGGUCCGGGCGCUGCUGGAGGCGGGGGCCAACAAGGAGGCUGCGUGCAAGAACGGCGCCACGCCGCUGUGUCUCGCGGCUGCAGGGGGCCACGUGGAUGCGGUCCGCGUCCUGCUGCAGGCGGGGGCCAACAAGGAGGUCGAGAUGGAGGAUGCCCGCACGCCGCUGAACUUGGCCGCUGAGAAGGGCCACGUGGAUGUCGUUCGUGUGCUGCUGGAGGCGGGUGUGGACAAGGACUCCACGCCCCAGCAGGGCGGCUCCUCGCCGCUGCUGCACGCCGCUCGCAAGGGCAAGGUGGAUGUGGUGAGGGUGCUGCUGGGGCUGCAUGCGGACCCAUCCCGACUGAACGCGUACGGCACCAACCCCCUGCGUGCCGCUGCCGACGAGGGGCGCCUGGAUGUGGUGCGUGUGAUGCUGGCAACGCCUGCACUCAAGGCAGACGAGCUGCUGGGCGGUCGUACCGCACUGCACCGGGCCUGCGCGCGGGGCUAUGUGCGUGUGGCGCAGGUGCUGCUGGAUGCGGGGGCGGAUGUGGACGCGCAGACGGAGGACGGCGACACGCCCCUGCACCUUGCGGCUGAGGAGGGGCGGGCGGAGGUGGUGCGUCUGCUGCUGCGGUGCGGCGCGGACGAGCGCAUUGCGAACGCGGCGGGCAAGCUGCCGUUUGAGGUGGCAAAGGCCACCACCUCUGUGGCGGACCUGCUCUCCCCAUGAUGCCCGCCUGAGCAGUAAGGGGAGCGAUGAUGCUACGAUGCAGCGGAGUCACGUUGUGGACCGCGUCCGGGUAGAUGCUGCGCAGUUGGUUCCCCCCAGCAACCAAUGCAGUUGGGUACAGCUUAGAGCAUUGGGAGUUUUGGACAUGGGGGAGCCGGUUUGUGAAGAGCUCACCUUUACGAAGAGUCGUCACGCAUGUAAGAGUGCUCCCGGCGUUUACUUUGGUAGGUAGCAAGUCGCCGUCGCCUGUGUUUCUUAGCACGGCAGCGAAGACAGAAUAACUAAUGCAUUUAUCUCCAAGCUGUGUUGCUCUUACGUCGAGAAGUAUGUUCAUGCUGUUACGAUUGCCACGCCGUGUUUUUCUGACAUUGCCGUCACUGUGAGACUUAAUCGCUUUACUGUCCUUGUAUGUUCGAAGAAGCGAGCCGUACAUAUUAGAUAUGCGUUGCUCCCUACUGCGCAGUUGUACAUGCGUUUGUGCGCAGGGUUGGCGGCAUCUUAAAAGGGAAAGGUCCUGAGGUGCUGGAUGUUUUAGCUUCAGCGUCCAGCAGGAUGUAGUACCUGUAUUCUUGCCUGGUUUUAUCGCUACUUAUGCCUGUGGUGUUUCUCAGCUGUGUCAUUUGAAGGUGAUAGGCAGGAAGCGCACUCCUUUCUUGCAUUGUUUGGCCAAAAUUGAGCUCUUUCUCGUCUUGGCUUCGGCGUUUUAGUGAUCUGGUACGGUUUAGCAUUCAUACUUUUAACCUAAGCCCCUGUGUGCGGCGCAUCAACGCUUCGGGCGUGCUCGUAUCAGGCGCGCCCAGCAUCGAUGCCCGAUGGGCAAACACAUUCGAUACGGAUUUGCCUGUGCCUGCUGGUUUCCCAGCUAUGACGGGUGGCGUGCCUUGGCUUUGGCUUCGGGUUGGCUGGCGUCCUCGUCGCCUGUGUAUCUCGUCGCUAUUGCGCAGGACUUUGACUCUACGCUUGAGCAUUUGUUGCGUGAGGCCCAUGCUGGCUCUGUUUUCCAAGUGACCAUGGUUGUUCUUGGUCCUUGGAUGCAGCCGGUAUGUGUGAAUGGGGUGACACAACGUUCAUGGGCAAGGGGGGCAUCAUGUUGGUGCUGAUAACAUGGCAUGUAAGGAUACCUACACCCUGG